UAAUAUUGGUCCACAGUGGCAAGGUUAAACUAAUGAGUAGAUUAAUGCUAUCUAAAAAUUCAUAACUUGUUCAGUUCUAAAUUUAGAGACAGGAUUUGAAAGAAUUAGUAGAAUAUUUUUACACGUGUGUUCGUUUCAUCUUUGCAUUUUAAUCGACAAGGCAUCAUAUAUAGUACUCUAAUUAUAUUUUAGCUAUACUACUCACUCUGAAGAAGGUUGUCCUGUAGUGUCAGUCAUCCGCAGGUUUUCCAGCUUUCUGAUGUCUAGUGGUUUGAAACUCCGAAGUCGAUAAUGACUUUCUACUACUUUUACAGAAUAUUUUUAAAUCGUAUUUAAGGUGAAUCUGGAUAUUCGUAUGAAUAUUUCGACAUUAAGAUUCAAGAGAACUGUGAUGUGUCAUUCGAUCUAAUGGCAUUUCAAACAUGUAUUACUAUGUGAAUUUCUUUCUAAUGAUUGAUUUGGUUCUAGAAGUCUUAGUUUUCUGAAGUUUUCUCUUGAAAUCCAUUGUUUUUCUCCUUUCAUUGGGAACAAUGAAAUAUAGCAUUUCAAUUAUAGACAUUAUAUUAAUAGUUCGUUAAAGAAAUAACCGACUUUUCUGUAGAUAUACAUCUUCUACUCAUUCAUAUGAUAAAAUACCCUACUCAGUAAUAUCAUACAUCUUAAGCAAAGAAGCACAAUAUACUACAAUAGAUUAUUUUUGAGUUCUUGAAAUUUAUCUUCAAAAAAGUUUUUACUUCCAAAGUGUUCCAUUAUUUUAUUAUCAUGCAACACAUAAGGAAAAAUCCACUUGGUAUUGUUUUACUUGACUCUUCCCAUUGAUGUUUAGGACUGAAAUUGAUCAAUCUCUUAUUGGUAUAUGUGCAUUCUGUGCGUAGUGCAUUGAUAUUGCUUUAAUUUACAAGCAGCUGACGAGUCCGAAAUAGGACAAAACGCGCAUCCAUCUUUGUUCAUAAGGAAAAAUGUUUUUUUGUGUAUUAUAUGAAAAACAUGUUUUUCAGAGUAGAUACUGUGUACCGAUUUUCGUGUGUACAAUUUGCAUAGCUAUUUGAAUAAAAAUACGAUGGAAAGUAGAUAUGAUACUGGCAUUAAUCGACGAUGAUGAUGAAUGAAAUUAUAAAUAUUAUAUGUAGUAUAAAACUUACUUCUUCAAUAACUUCUGACAUUUCUAUUACGACUUAGUUUAGUGAUUUUAGCGAAAAAUCAAACUGAUAAGUUGUAAAUUGCCUGUCUCAUUAAACUCAUGGAGAAUACAACCAUAGUUUAGCUGUAGAGGAUAGACGUAUGUUUCUAGGACGGUAAGUCUAGUUAGCCGAUAAAGUUAUGAACCUGCAUUCAUUGUUGUAGUUAAUGCAUGUAUUUCACACACACAUGGCUACAAAUUUCUCUGAUAUUUACUGAUACUAUAAAAUAAGAAUAGGUUGGAAAUAUUUUAAGGGGUAAUAAUGUUAGAACAGGAAACCACUCAUCAAAAUUACUCCCUAUAAAUUUAACUAAGUGAAUGAACUCGCUAUUGGAGUUUUCGGGAUGAUAAAGGUAAGUAGUUAGGAGGGCUGGGUUAUGUAGCUCGAGACUGGUUAUCACAAAUUCCUAUAUUUCUCUAGGCCUUAACGAUUUGUUUAGUAGGUAUCUAGUUGCACUGUCCGUUUUACUUGAUCUUACGAAUUAAUUUUAUAUCUUCUGCUUUUGAUGGCAUUUUGAAGCAUUUGUGAUACAUAAUAUCACAGUUAUCUUAAAACAAAUAUUUUGUGCGUGAGUAUAAAAAAUAGGAAACAUACAUGUUUCACUCAACAAGUGAAGAUGUUAUUUUUAUGACAAAUUUACCAAAGACGAAUGUAUAAAAUAUAUGAAACCUGAUAAUCUUACAAGAUCGUAAAACUUUUAUUUAAUCAGUAUUGAAAAAUAGCUUUGUUGGAUGAUAAGAGACAAGUUAGUUCAUACUUUAUACCUAUUUCUACUCAACAGUAAGGUGUAACUCAAACUAAGAAUAAAUCUGUGCUUCACUCAUUGCUGAAAACAAAACUGUAUGACUGUUAAACGUAGAGCUUACUGAUUUUCCUUGACAUUUCUUAUACGCCUGGCCGGUAGAUGCUAAAAAACAUGAUAUGUACGUCCAGAAUAACUUUAUUUUGAUUAUAUUCUGUCACUCAUUAAUGAAUUUAUGAAAAGAUUUCUAGAAACGAUUAAAUGAAUUUAAACGAAAGAGAAUAUUACAGUAAUCGCUUGCAGGUUUGUUUUGAGCAAAAGCUAAUAUGACCGAAUUGAUGGUACCAUUUGAAUGUUACAGACUUGAUGGAUGGUUUACAGCAUAAAAUCAUUAAAUGAUGAUAUGAAAUUGCUUGUCCAGCUCAAUAAGCCAAAGUAUAAGAAAGUGAUUAUCUCAUGAAUUAGUUUAUUAUCGAGUAAUCAUUUUUCUGAAACAGAAAGAAAUGAAAUCCUUCUUAAUACUGAUCAUUAUAACGUAUUAUAAUCAAACCUAUUACUAAAGAUAUUUAUAGUGUAUGGUUUUAUUUAAUGUUGUUUUGAAAAGAAGGAGAUGGUUACCCAUAUGGAAAUUAUAAUGAAAAUCCACAUUCUAAUAGUAACAACAUUGGUGGUGAAGGUGGACGCAUGGAGAAUCAAUUCGCUGCAUCAAGCUUCAGUGAUAAAAAAAUUCGUCAUGCAUUUAUUCGUAAAGUAUAUUUUACUCUUAGUGUGCAAUUAUUAUUCACAUUUGGAAUCGUAUGUAUUUUUUGUCUUGUUAAACCUGUAACGAUUUGGGUACGUCGUAAUCCAUGGUUCUACUAUUUAGCCUAUGCAAUAUUUUUCGUAACGUAUUUGGUACUUGGCUGUAUUGUAAGUGUACGUAGAAGAUUCCCUGGAAAUUAUAUAUGCUUAACUGUGUUUACAUUGGCAUUAUCUUAUAUGGCUGGUUCAAUUGGUGCAUUCUACGGAGCUGAAGCAGCUUUAAUUUCUGUAGCACUGACAUUUGCUCUAUGCAUCUGCAUAACUCUGUUUGCAAUGCAAACACGUUUUGAUUUUACAAUGUGCUCUGGUUUUUUAUUUGUAUUUAGCUGUGUUGUCAUGCUUACUGGGAUUGCAAUCAUGAUUGUAUACUUUGUUUUGGGACCAAAUAAGAUUCUACAGGGCGUUUAUAGUGGUAUCCUAACCCUAUUAUUUGGUUUGUAUUUGGCUUACGAUACACAACUAAUAAUGGGUGGAAGAGAAUUUGAACUUGAACCAGAAGAGUAUAUAUUUGGUGCAAUGCAACUUUAUGUGGAUGUUGUAUUCAUGUUUAUGGCUAUAGCUGGUAUUGCACGUGCAGCUUCGUGAAUCAAUGACUAAACCAAUGAAUCAAUACAAAAGCGUAUAUCUGAUAACCUACACUUAUUAUUAUUAUUACCAAAGGAUAUAAUUUUCCUUGUUUAAAAUGACAGUGAUUAUUACGUAUACAGAAUAAAUAAAUAUAAUCAAUAAUUUGAUAAUAAUCGAGACGAAAAACGAACAAAAAACUAGAAACAGAUUAUCAUUAUUUUGUGAAUAUGUACAAAAUGUAAUCUAUUUUCUUAUUUGUUUUAACGUGUCAUUAUUUGUACUUUAAUUACUUGAACCAUGUAUGAAUUUCGAAAAACAAAUUUAUUGACCGAAAUCAACAAUAAACUUUAUGGAAUCUUCGUAACCCAAGUAUUUCUUAUUCAAUAUAAAUACGUAAAUCAUCAUUGAAAUAUCAAUAAUAAAUAAAAUUGGGUAUUGAAUUCUUUC